UGGAAGAGGAAACACAAAGAUUUCCAAAUGAAUAACCGAAAGGAAGAUAUGGAAAUUGCUUCCCACUACCGUCAUCUGCUGCGGGAGCUUAACGAGCAGAGACAACACGGCAUCCUCUGCGAUGUUUGCAUUAUCGUGGAGGGGAAGAUAUUUAAGGCUCACAAAAACGUUCUGCUUGGGAGCAGCCGCUACUUCAAAACGCUGUACUGCCAGGUCCAGAAAACAUCCGACCAGGCCACCGUCACCCAUUUGGACAUCGUCACGGCACAGGGCUUCAAAGCAAUCAUUGACUUCAUGUACUCAGCACACCUAGCGCUGACCAGCAGAAACGUCAUCGAGGUGAUGUCGGCUGCUAGCUAUCUGCAAAUGACAGAUAUUGUACAAGCCUGUCACAAUUUCAUAAAAGCAGCUCUCGACAUAAGCAUAAAGUCUGACGCCUCAGAUGACCUCGUUGAUUAUGAACUGGGAGCCCCUUCCAGCAGCAGUACGGACGCUCUGAUUUCAGCAGUCGUGGCUGGCAGGAGUAUAUCUCCCUGGUUAGCUCGGCGAACAAGCCCAGCAAACUCUUCCGGAGAUUCAGCAAUUGCCAGCUGCCACGAAGGAGGGAGUAGUUAUGGAAAAGAGGAUCAAGAACCAAAAACAGACAGCCACGAAGACGUUUCAUCCCAGUCUCUUUGGUCUAGUGACAUGGGCUAUGGGUCUUUACGUAUCAAAGAGGAGCAGGUUUCACCGUCCCAUUACGGAGGGAGUGAGCUACAUUCUGCCAAGGAUAGUGCAAUACAGAACGCCUUCUCGGAACAGGGAGUGGGGGAUGGCUGGCAGCCCACGGGGCGCAGGAAGAACAGAAAAAAUAAAGAAACUGUGCGGCAUAUUACGCAGCAAGUGGAGGAUGACAGCAGGGCAAGUUCUCCUAUGCCGUCUUUUUUACCUGCCUCGGGAUGGCCGUACAGCAGUCGAGACCCGAGUGCUGAUGUGACAGUAACGGAGCCCAGCAGCUCUGACAGCAGGGUGGAGCGGUCGGACCCCUACGCCAGCGUGGAGGAAGCCCUCCUGGGUGGGGAAGCCAGCUACAUCUCGCAGCCCCUGACUCCGGAGAAGGAGGAUGCGCUGCAGGCUGCCACCGUCGCCAACCUGCGCGCGGCUCUCAUGAGUAAGAACAGUUUGCUGUCUCUGAAAGCCGACAUGCUGGGAGACGAUAGUUCGCUGCUGUUCGAGUACUUGCCCAAAGGCACGCAUUCUCUCUCUCUCAACGAGUUCACAGUCAUCAGGAAGAAAUUCAAGUGCCCCUACUGCAGCUUCUCAGCCAUGCAUCAGUGCAUCCUGAAGAGACACAUGCGAUCCCACACAGGAGAGAGACCCUAUCCCUGCGAGAUCUGCGGGAAGAAGUUCACCCGCCGGGAGCACAUGAAGCGGCACACCUUG